UUAUACCUAAAUGUCAGUGUGACAGAUCAAUGGGUAGUAGUUAAAGUGGCCAGCAACAUACACAAAUAUUAUUAGUUAUUCGUUUACUCUCAAAGUAAAAUAAGCAUAGAAAAUUUUAAAUAAGUGAUUUGAAACAAUGGCACCAGAAAGUGCUGAUUCCAGCUUGCGAAACAAGAAGCCUUCUGAUUCUGCUUUCAAGCAACAACGACUACCAGCAUGGCAACCUAUCCUAACUGCAGGAACUGUUCUUCCUGCCUUCUUUGUGAUUGGAAUCGCUUUCAUUCCUGUUGGGAUUGCUCUGCUGUACUUUUCUGAUGAGGUCAAGGAGAAGAUCAUUGAUUAUACUUUGUGUAAUAAAACUGAGAAGCUUUAUGAUGGGUACAUAAAGGACAUGGGCAGGCCCUGUGCUGAAAUCAUUAAAGAAGAAGGCUUUGAUGCCACCAAAGAUCCUUGCAUAUGUCAUAUGCAGUUCACUUUGGAUACUGAUUUCAAGGGUAAAGUUUACAUGUAUUAUGGAUUGAGCAACUUUUACCAAAACCACAGGAGAUACGUUAAAUCACGAGACGAUAAUCAACUGUUGGGUAAUUUGAAUCUGGCGCCUUCAACCGAUUGUCUACCCUUUGCUUACGCUGCUGAUGGUAAACCUAUCGCACCUUGUGGAGCCAUAGCCAACUCGUUAUUCAGCGAUGUGUUAACGAUCAAUAAGGGAAAACAUAGUGUUCCGCUUAUAAACACUGGUAUAGCGUGGGAUUCGGAUAAGAAUAUUAAAUUUAAGAAUCCCGAAGGCGAUUUGGAAAUGGCAUUCAAGAAUUUCAGCAAACCCAAAGAUUGGAGGAAAAACAUAUACGAAUUAGAUCUUAAAAACCCUGACAACAACGGCUUCCAAAACGAAGACCUAAUCGUGUGGAUGAGAACUGCUGCGCUUCCGACCUUUAGGAAGAUCUAUCGCAGGGUGAAUCACACGGAGGAAGGAUACGCUGAUGGUCUUCAGAAAGGCGAAUAUGAGCUAGUCGUUGAUUAUUAUUACGACGUGAGCGCUUUUGACGGCUCAAAAAGGAUGAUUUUGAGUACGACUUCUUUGUUGGGAGGGAAGAAUCCGUUUUUGGGAAUUGCCUACAUUGUGGUGGGCUGCGUCUGCCUCGUUUUGGGUAUAGCUUUACUAUUUAUCCAUAUUAAAUGCGGAAAGAGCACAAACGAGAUGAUCAGCGUGAAUCCUAGAACCUUAUACCAUUGAGGAUCGACGUUGGGAAUGGCGAGUUUAGGUGCUUGUGUGCUUAAUGUUUCUAAAACACAUUCCUCGUUUCUAUGGAAAUGACGAGUCAAGGUGGCCUUAGUAAUUUUACGUCUAAUAAAUAUAUUUAUAAUUAGCUUUAAUAACAAUAUUUGUCAAAACCAAUAUUUUACGAUGGAGUUUCUCGAUAUAUUUACAUGUUUUUUUAAGUUCAAGAUAAUCAAGUAAAAUACAUGUUAUUAGUGCCAAGUAUGCUGUACGUUAUGAUAUAGGGCUAUGUGUGAUCACUUUCAGGAUAAUUAGUGCAAUUAUUAUUUCGUCAGUAAAUAUUUUAGCACACCUUUCGUUUUUCGCCUCAACGCAAC